UUUUGUGAUGCUAGGCAGGCAACUGUAUACUGUUGUAAAGAGACAUGACUUUUAUUAUUAUUGCUAGUAUUAUUAUGGUAAAGUGUAAUCAGUGACUGAAACGUGACUAAAAACUGAUACGUUUCAGUGUCCAAAAGGACAAAGACUUGAGAAACAACAUUCCUAAAAAGAUAUUGUUCGAUUACCGGCCAAAUCCAUUCCGUAGUCAUCCGAAAAAAAAGGCAAGACUUUCGUGUGUUUUGUACGUAAACCUCUUCUGCAGUGGCAAUCACCAGCAAAUGCCAGACCAGCCUCGGGUGCAAAAGGACACCAGAAGGACACUUAACCGAGAAAGUUAAGAAUACAAGACACGAAUUUUUGAAUCACUUUGUAAACAAUUAUUAUUGUAAGAAUUAGUGCUUUUUAACCACUUGUGAUUUCAAAUGUGCUUCGUGGGUUGUUACCUGUAUGAGAAGAAUCGAGCGAGGUAAUCUCGCUGUCCGAAAUCAACGGAGAAAAUAUGAAAUUUUUUUGUAAGAAGUCCGUCGAACACUGAAUGCCAAAGGGGAAGUGUGUCAUGGCCAGAUAUGGAGUGGCCCUUCACGGCCUUUUGCUAUUCUCGACGCUGUUUUUAUCGGAAACGAUGGCGAAAAGUCCCGGAAUGUACUUGCCCGAGGGAGGAGGACCGCCCGCAGGACACCUCGAAAAUUUAAAGUAUCGUUAUGAAACGGCAUACGCUUGCGAGGGAAAAACGUUGAAGAUCGAAUGCAAGGAGGGCGAAUUGAUAAAAUUGAUAAGGGCCAACUACGGCAGGUUCUCAAUAACGAUAUGCAACGACCACGGCAACACCGAUUGGAGCGUAAACUGUAUGUCACCAAAGAGCCUCCGAGUCCUCCACAACAAGUGCAGCCAAUUUCAGAACUGCAGCAUUCCUGCGAGCACAAACAUGUUCGGGGAUCCGUGCCCGGGCACUUUGAAAUACUUAGAAGCACAUUACCAAUGCCUUCCUGCAGCUGCCACAACGACGACCACGACCAGGCCAAGUCCUCCGUGGCUGCUUACGACAGAUUCACCAAUUUGGAGCACUCCCAAAACCUCGAUCAGGCCGCCUCCUCCACCACCUAAGGUCUCCAUUACACCGCCUUCAAGACCUACCACGACGUCUACAACUCAAAUGUCAUCCACAUCCACCGAGGAACCACCGCGAGAGGUCCCACCAGCGGAGGGUGACGAUAAGAGUAUUGAAGACCUCACCUCAGUUGUUACCACCAGCACUAAUAUUCCUAAGAAAAUCACAGACGAUACCAUAACACGUUUAUACCUGCCAUCAUCAAGCAACACGCCGUUUUACACAAACGGCGAAGUAGACAUCACAAAUUAUUGCGGCCCGGUGACGAUGAGAAGUAUUUAUUGGAAUUGGACAUUGAGUGGCGAACAAAAUUUACAACCAUGUCCAGGAGGCACGACGGGUUUUGCUAAAUGGAAAUGUUCAAAAAUAGACGGCGAAUCAAAAUGGGUUCCCGAAUCGCCAGAUUUAAGCGAAUGUCGCUCAUUAUGGCUAACCAGCCUCGAACAAAGAGUGCAAGUAAUGAAAGACUCCCUCUUAUUAAUCACAAACGACCUCGCACAAGUCACCAGCAGCAAAACUUUAUACGGCGGUGACAUGAUGAUCACCACGAAAAUCAUACAAAAAAUGACCGCCAAAAUGGCACGAGACAUCCAAACCAUUCCCGAUCCUAGACAACGAGAGGCUAUAGUCACUGAUAUGUUAAACGCCGUCGUUCGGACCGGAAGUAAUCUUCUCGAUGUUUCGCAACACCCAUCGUGGAAAGAUUUAAGCCAUAAAGAACAGAUGCGGGUUGCUACUUCAUUACUUAUUGGACUCGAAGAGAAUGCUUUUCUUUUAGCUGAUACAGUUAUGAGAGAAAAAACUGUUAAUCAAGUUGUUAAAAAUAUUAUGUUAUCUGUUCGUGUAUUAGAAACAAAAUCAGUAACAACUGAAAAAUUUCCAACCGAUCAAAAAUGGAUGGCAAGUAACGACUCGAUCGAACUUCCUCAAGGGGCACUUUUAGAAAAUAGUGAUGGAGGUUUGGUAAGAUUGGUAUUCGUGGCGUUCGAUCAUUUAGAAGAAAUUCUACAAUGGCACCCGGAUUCUUCGGAAAUGAACGCGAAUAAGACGCGAAUAUUGAACAGCAAAAUCAUCUCGGCGAGUCUGGGUAAAGGGCGCCAUAUACAGUUGCGGGAGCCGGUUCGGUUGACGUUCAAGCACCUUCAAACUGCGAAUGUUAGCAAGCCUUCUUGUGUGUUUUGGGAUUAUACAACGAGCACGUGGUCGGAAGAGGGUUGUGAUGUUGAUUCGACGAAUUCAACGCACACUGUGUGUCUGUGUAAUCAUUUAACCAAUUUUGCCAUACUCAUGGACGUUCAUGCUGUGUACUUACCGGAUGGGCAUCAAGUUGCCUUGCAAAUUAUAACUUAUAUCGGGUGUAUUAUCUCGAUUAUUUGCUUAAUAUUAGUUAUAGUUACUUUCCAAUUAUUUAGAGGAUUAAAGAGUGAUCGAACCACUAUACAUUCCAAUUUAUGCUUCUGCUUAUUGGUGGCAGAAAUAAUAUUUUUAUUUGGCAUAAAUCGCACUGAUUAUCACACGGCGUGUUCAAUAAUUGCUGGAUUUUUGCACUAUUUCUUUUUGUGCGCGUUCUUUUGGAUGUUUUUCGAAGGCUUCCAAAUCUACGUAAUGUUAAUAGAAGUGUUUGAAGUAGAAAAAUCUAGGAUUCGAUUUUACUACAUCACGUCCUACGUUAUACCUUUAAUAAUCGUAAUAGUAUCUGCCAUUAUUUUUCCGCAAGGAUAUGGGACGGAUCAAUAUUGUUGGCUGAAACCGGAAAACUAUUUUAUUUAUAGUUUUGUAGGUCCUGUGAUUUUAAUUUUAUUGGCGAAUGUUUUAUUCUUAGGGAUGGCAAUUGUAAUGAUGUGUCGCCACUCAACCUCAAAUGUAUCGAUUAAAAAUAAAGAGCAUUCUAAGUUGGCCAGUACAAGCGGAAAGGAAGAAAAUGCACUACAAUCCAAAUUUCAAAACCCGUUAACGUGGUUAAAGGGAGCCGUGUGUUUGGUGGUUUUGCUAGGAUUAACUUGGACUUUCGGCCUGUUAUAUCUGAACCAAGAAACCGUCGUCAUGGCUUAUUUAUUCACCGUGUUCAAUUCAUUACAAGGAUGCUUUAUAUUUUUAUUCCACUGUGUUCAAAAUGAAAAGGUUCGAAAGGAAUAUCGAAAAUUCAUAAUGCAACAUUCUUGGUUGCCAAAAUGUCUACGUUGUUCUAAGCCAAAUGGAUCGAGUAGUAGCAGCGAUAGUACGGGGAUGAAUAAAGAGCGCAGGACGAGUCUUUACGAUGGUUCUAAUGGAAACCAAUCCGGGCCGAACUCACACUCGACGGACAACUCGGUGCUGUCGCCUCACGGAACUAGCUUGCAACGGAACUGGAGUUCUCGCAGCUGCACAAGCAUGAGUCGAAAGGGCAAAAUAUUCGCGCCGACAUCCGGUUCGGCGGCGGACGCCAGUGUGUCGCCUCACCCGUUGCGCCCCACGGGUCGCGGCCCUGACGCGUCAUCGCCCGCCACCCUCGAAACCACCACCCCGAACACGUCCACCCUGCCCUAUAUUCGUAAUUUCUAUAAAAACUCCACUGUCAAUUCCAACAUAUCUAAAUCUGUAUCUACGUGGGGCCCUCUUCAUAAACCUCUACAUUGGAAGAACAUUUCUUUUAAGUCAUACAGCCGUGAUUCCGGCCACGGCGGAUCCGAACAAGAAGAAUCGCCACGUUCCCAAGCUUUAUUAAACAACGCGAAAGACGCGCGUCGGCAACCGUUCGUUCCGAUCGAAUACAACCAAUCGAUUAGCAACAACUUGCAACCUCACGAAGUUCAAGAUUUCGCGUUAUCUCAUCCGAAACAUUUACCGUUACAACACGGCGUUCGUAAAAAGAACGGCAGCUUGCUCCGUACUACCAGCCCUUGGAAUCAUACUUAUCAAGAGAUCCACGACGCUCGUCUUCAUCGCGGGUUGAUGCCAGAGGAUGAUCCGGUUUAUGAAGAAAUUGAAAGGAAUGAUGUGCAAGUGUCUGAUAUGAGUGAUGAAGAUGGUAAGCGACAGAGCGAUAUGAGUCGACAGUCGUCUAGAUCUUAUGGGGAUCAUAGGCCGCUGAUUCCUUAUUCCCCAACGGAGAGAGGUUAUCAACCGUGCGCUGCUGAAACGUUGCCUAAACAUCAAGCCAAAGAACUAAAUCGGUAUACUAAUGAUGGAGAACCGUUUCGGUUCAAUCGUCGCGUUGGCGGUGGAGAUGCUGCCGUUGGAAGAGCGUUAGCGGCCGUUUUAGAUGGUGAAACGGUCGUGUGCCAUUUAGAACCACCGGAAAUGUAUAGUCGCGAUCCGUACGCGCCGCGAACUCUCGUCGUGCCGCAAUAUAGUGAAAGUUAGGUGGAGACUGCCCCCGUGCAGGUGCAUAUCUGUGAUCCAAAAAUGAUCAAACUGUUUUAGGUCAUAGUAUUUUAAGGCUCACGAAGAAAGUGAUAAUUUUAUAAAAUUAUUAGACUGUUUUUUUCUUUCGAUCAUUAUCUAUUUAUCGUGUCGAUUAUUUUUUUUUAAGUGCUAAAGCACUAUUUUUUAUUUUUAAAACGUAAAAACGUUUCGCUCUUUUUAUUUUUGUUUUAAUCUGUAUUUUUAUCCCUCCACUGUUAUGUAAGACGCAAUAAUUUACGGACAAAUAAUCGCUUCUUAUUGCAUUUUUUUUUAUUAUUUCACGACUCCUAUUAUUUAUUUAAAGAAAAAAAACGUAAUCACUAUGUAAUUCUCUAUCCAAAACAAUAUAUAUUUCGUUGUUUUGGGGAUUAUCACUUGAAAUAAAAACGACUUUUAUUUUAUUUUUGGAUAGAGAUUAAAAAAGAUAAGUGUAAAUAAUUAAAAAAAAAUCUGGGACGUUUAAUUGCAUUUUUUUUAAAACAUAUUUCCUAGUUUGCACGGUCAAGAAAUAAAAUGUAAAUACGAUGAAAUCGUCUAAAAAAAAUGAAGGUAAUGAGCCGUUGCGGCAAACGCCAUUUCUGUCGUAGAUUAAAAAUAAACGUAAGUAAAAGAAAAAAAUCUUUUUUGAUGAAAUCAUUCCGUAAUACGCGUUUCCGCGACGUGUCUUUAAAAAAAGCGACCCUCCUCUGAAAAAUGCAUCAAAAAAAUGUAUUGUAAAAUUGUGUUUACCGUCUACAUGUUGAAACAAAAAAUAAAUAAAUCGAAUGAGAAAUAGGAAAGAUAAAAAAUAAAGAGUUAACUUCACCUCAAAAAGCCCGCAAAAAAACGUUCCCGCAUCUCGUCCUUUUUCUGAAAUAAAAAAAAAACUGUUCGAACUUUAAAGACAUCGCUACAUAGUAAAAAAAGAAAACUGUUAUUACGUUAAUUAUUGUACAUAUUGUAUAGUGCUUUGUACAUGUUGAUUAAUGGUAUAAUUAGUCAGGAAAUAAAAAUUGUUACUGCUAUAAAACGGCAUUAGCACACACCAUAAUGAAAAUGUAUUAAAUCUAAAUAUUGAAUCACAAAGUCUGACCAAUAAAUUUAAUUUUCUCGUA